AUGUCUGCUGCGCCCUCUACACAGGGUCUGCCUCUUAACGACCGCUCGAAUGACCUCAAGAUCCCAAUCAUCACAUUGAUCGUCUUUAGCUCCCUCUUUGUCGGUUUACGCCUAUACAUCAGCUGGAGGAACCGUACCUUCUUUCAAUUGACGGACCAUUUGCUAUGGUCUGGAUUUCUAUUAGCAGUGGUCGGCGCAGUGUUUGCCUACAAGACAGCGGAAGUAGGCCUGGGUCGACAUGUCUGGGAUCCUUUCCUGACUCCGGCCAAGCUGGAGGAGUAUCUGAAAUGGAUUUGGUUUGGCCAGCUGUUCAAUCUUUAUGGCAUGGCCUUGAUCAAGCUUAGCAUUUGUGCCUACAUUCUGAUGCUGGACUUUUCGCGAGGAUACCGCAUUCUUAUCUGGCUAUCUGUGGUCGUUCAUGUCGGCGUCAAUAUUGUUUUUACUUCUGUCAUCUUGCUUGGAGAAUGCCAGCCUAUCUCCAAGCACUGGGAUGUUGCAGGCACGAGGCCUGGUAGUUGUUGGGGUCCUACACCAAGGAUCAUUUCAGGCUACUCUGGUGCCGCAACGAACAUUUUUACCGAUUUGAUCUACACCGUCGCACCACUAGUCUACAUCUCCCGGGUCCAGCUGCCAAAGCGUACCCUCUGGGGUGUUCGUGCUGUCUUUCUCCUCGGCCUCAUAACAACGGCCAUAUCCGCUCUGAAACUCUACGAAAUCAAAUCCCUCAACACCUCCCCAGACCCAACAUACACGUCCGUCAACCUCUCCAUCUUCGCCGUAACCGAAGUGUUCGUCGGCGCAUUCACAGCCUCGCUGCCCCCCCUCCGCAAGACGUUCGAAACCCUGCUGCGCCGCGUGAUACCGGAGAGCGUGAUGGGGACGUCGCGCAGCCGGAAGAGCGUCGGCAAAGGCACGGACAACAGCUACGCGAUGAAGGAGGUGGGCAACAGCUACGUCUUGAACGGCAACGCAGCGGCAGGGCCAAGCAGGCCGAAGCACGACCUCGACAACGACAGCGAACACAGCAUCUUGGACGCCCAGCAGAGCCUGGACGGCAAGGACACCGUCGGCACCAUCACGUGCACUACGGAGAUCAGCGUGCUGGGCGAUGAUCGCGGGAGUGUGAGGAGUCGCGGCCUCGAGUGGGUGUAG